AUGAGCGCGUCACCGUGGGCAGGGGAAGCUUUGCCCGCCGCAGAAGCUGUCAAGUGGAUCGCGUUUCUUAGCCCAUUCCUACCCAACAUCCUAGGCGCAUGCGCUCUGGGGCGGACUGCUGUGGUCUUGGAUGGUGUCGAGGAUCCCAACAACCUGGGAGUGAUACUCCGGACCAUGGAGGCGUUCGACUCGCGGACGCUGGUGCUUACCAAGGGCACCGUGGACGUAUUCAACCCAAAGGUGGUUCGAUGCUCCAUGGGGGCAGCGGUCCGAGGCCGCGUCCAAGUCCUUGAGGUGGCCGAUGCAGAGGAGCUGCGGGAACUCCUUCAAGGCUACCGCAUCUUCGCGACGACGCUCGAGGGCCGCUGCCUUUCCACGCAGCUGGCCACGGAGCUGACGGGGAAAGACGCCUUCGUGUUUGGCAACGAAGCGCGGGGCGUGUCCCAGAGCCUCCGGGCCGCGGCGGACAGGCAGCUCCGCAUUCCCAUGGCUCCCGGCGUGGACUCGCUGAAUGUCGGCGUGGCAGCACCCCGUCUUUGGGUGGUGGUCGUCCUUGCGGCCGUGACAUCCGUGCUCCAGGGCUGCGACGCUGGCCAGGACCAAUGUGGCGACCUCAAGAAGGAGGUCAGUGACCUCAAGAAGGAGCUCAGCACCUGCCAAGAACGCCUGGGAGUGUGCCGCAGUCAGCUGAAGGUCUGCAUUCAGGAUGAGAAGCAGCUCAUUGAUGACACCUGGGCUGCUUGCGAUGCCAAGUACCGCGACCCAGCCGCCCUUGCUCACAAGCUUGAUGCGUGCACUGGUGACAAACAGGCUCUUGUGAGUGAGUUGAACUCUCGCACCCUCCAGAUUCGCUACGGCGCUCUACCCCUUGCGCUGGUGGCCUUCAUCGCGGGCAUCUACACGCACAAAUGGCACCGCCACUGCGCAGAGAGGCUUCGCAGUCCUUUCACUAACCAUGGCGCAACCGCUCCGGCGGCGGACCCGCGGCAGGCCGUGCGAGACCCUCCUUAA